AGCAACACAAAGAAGAGAGAAGAAUGCACGGGCAACUUUCAAACGAGUUAGAGGUAGGUGUGCCUGCUACACACGUGUGGGAACUCUACAGCACGCUUAAGCUGGCCCAACUUAUCAAGGAACGGCUCCCUUACAUGGUAGAGAAGAUACAAGUUAUAGAAGGUGACGGAGGAGUCGGCACCAUACUCCAUGUUACCUUGCCUCCCGGAAUGCCGUUUGGUUUUUACAAAGAGAAGUUUGUCGAGAUCGAUAACGAGAACCGUGUGAAGGUGGUGGAAUUGAUCGAAGGUGGAUAUCUGGAUAUGGGAUUUCGUUUGUAUCGGCUCCGUUUGGAGAUCCUCGAGAAAGAUUGUGGUACGUCCAUCAUAAGAUCGACCACGGAGUAUGAAAUAGACGACGAGUUCGCCGCUAAUGAAACUCUUGUUUCUAACCAGGCACUAGAGGUCAUCGCGGAAGCUGCCGCAAAGUAUCUCCUCGAGAAAAAAGCUGAAGUCUGCAAUGCUUAAAUUCAGUGGCUUUUCAUGCCUUUUUCUGCGUUUGGAUGCACUCUUAAAUUGGAACAAUCCACAAUCAAUUGCAAAUGAUCAAAUUGUAAUUAGUUUCCUCAGUAUUCCUACUACCGAAAAAGUGA